AUGUCACUCAGAGCCAAAUCCCACACCGACCUGCAGACGGCUGGGUGUUCCUCGCUAGACGACAGCUUGUACAAGUCUUUCUCCAUGAGCAGCAGUAACGUUAACAGAGGUAACCGGUUCGGGAACAGGACAGCAGAAGAGGUAAAAGGUCUCGCCAGACCAUCCAGGAGGCCCGUACGGGUGGUCAGGCCGGUCAGCGCCAUCAGCACCAAUGGCUCCUUCCUUCAGAUAAACCAUCUGCAAGGAGAGCUGGUCAGAAAGAGGAAGGAAUGUGAGGAUCUGAGAAAAGAAAACAAGUACUUGUCUAAUGAGAUCCACAUGGAGCGGAUUAUGAUGCGCACAGAGAAUGAGCUGACCAUGAGGAACCUCAGGAAUCUGAACCAGGAGCUGCAGACUCAAGUCAAAGAGCUGAAGCAGAAGCUGUAUCAGAGCCAGCAGAGGGCGACCUUGUGCUCAAGAGCUGCAGACGAGGCGGAGGAGUCCAGAGCGGAGGCGGAGAAGUGCAGGGCCCUAGCUGAGGCUCGGGCCCUCGGGUAUCAGCGGGACAUGGGGGCGGCAGAGGCCGACAGGAGCCGCAUGAGUGAGGAACUGCAGCAUCUUAAAAAAGAGUACACUGAUCUGCAGCUUUUACUAGCAAAAGCAGAGAAGAAUUACUUUGAAAACAAGCUGAAGCUGGACCGGGUGUCUGGGGACAAACAAGCACUGCUGCAGGAGAACAGGGGCCUGGAGGGAGACAGAGAUGACCUCCGACACAAGCUGAGACAGAUUACAGAGGAAAAUGUCCAAAUUAAACAGAGUGAGAUGAAUUCGAGGCGCAGAGCGAUGGCGUCGGAGGAGGAGGGCAAAAAGGCCAACCAGGCUCAGCAGGAGGCAGAGGCCGAGAGGCGUCUGGCUGAGAAGGAGAGGCAGGAGAGAACGGCCGAGUGUCUCAGCUGGAGGGAGAAGCACCAGGAGUUAGCCGACAGGUUCAGAGCUCAGGAGGACCUGAAGGCUAUGAGGCAGAACAAAGCAUGUCAAGCCAACAUCAAGAGUUAUUUCCUCUGCAUGACAGAAAGCGAUCAGAGGGUGAAAAUUCUCAAAAAUCAAGAUGGCAUGCCAAGAAAUUUUACGGAGGGAGACCCUGUGUACAUCUCCACCCCUGAGUCCAGUCCUGAAGAGCCUGAAAGGAUUUCAUCCAGGACCAUGUUCAGGGUCUCUGCGCCACACACGGGGAGGGAUCUGGGCCCGAGUCACUUCGAUGAGCUGCCCCCCUUUGGAGGAGAGCGGCCUGACUCUGCCCCUCCACGCAGAAGCAGGAAGGUGGUGGAAUACUUCUGGAUCCCUACAGACCAAGAAUAGUCACAAAUUAAUGUUUUGUCAUAUAUAGAAAAGCUGCUGUAGUUUGGUCAUUACUGCAGCCAGAGGAGAUUUUUCACUCAGUUUUACAGAGAAGCGAAAUGAUUGUUGUUGGGGAAAAUGCUGAGAUGACAUGAACCUCUAGGUCCUGGUCCACUCUGGCAACAUGCCAGCCUGCAAUUUAUCACCAUCCAGCCUGAAAAAUCUCCCUCUGCCUCCACAGUCAGACAUAUUUCUCAGUUAUUAUACCCAGGAACCUGGCAACUUCUUCUACUUGCUCUUUCCUUUUUUAAAUUCAUUUUUUACCAGACUCAAUAAUUCCUAUUUUGAUCCCAAAACAAAUGUUAC